AUGGAGGAGCCCCAGAUCCUGCCACAAGUCACCGAGCCGAUUUCGCGACCCAGCUCGACUUCCACCUCGGCGUCUGCAAACUUGCAACAACUCCCCGCCAUCACCGCCCUCGCGGCGAGCAAUGUCGCGCAGAUUUCACCGCAACUGAGAGCGACUGCAGCACCGCAAAAUCCAACCUACACAGGGGCCACGCCGCCAGCCGCGACUAAUGGGAACGGCAAUUUGCCAACAUGCCAAAACUGCACAACAUCCACGACUCCUUUGUGGCGUCGCGAUGAGUUUGGCUCUGUGCUCUGCAACGCCUGCGGCCUCUUCCUCAAGCUGCAUGGCCGCCCUCGACCGAUCUCUUUGAAGACCGACGUUAUCAAGAGCCGUAAUCGUGUAAAAACGAUUCGACCUGACCUUGCGGCAAAGAAGAAGCAACAGCAGCAGGCGGCUCAGAACUUUGGCCUGGGCGCCGAUGUAAAUGGAGCCGACCUUUCUGCGCACAAUGCCGUCGCCGCCGCCCAAGCUAUACGUCGAACUUCGCACAAGGCGAACGGCAACGAUGGAUCCGACUCUCCCAUCUCCCGCACCGGCACACCAUCCAUGUACAACCAAGGGCUCCCCUCAUUCAUGGUUGACGACCCGUACCAAGGAACUGGGUUUAACGGCGCCUCGGAAAACGGCGAUCGGGACGCACCGCAAACACAUGAGCAGCUGAUUGCUCAGAAUUCGAGCCUCAAGACGAGAGUUAGCGAGCUGGAAGUCAUCAACGAGCUAUUCAGGGGCCGACUGAGCCAACUUGAACAACAAGAAGCCGCUGCCCGACGCGGACAAGAAGUUGCUGGCGUUGAGCAGACACAGCUUAGGACACAGCUGGACGCCAGUCAGGAGAGCGCUUCGCAGCUCCAGACCCAACUCGACGAUAGCCAUCGCCGAGAGAAUAAUUUGAAGCGCCGCCUGGACGAGCUGGAGUUGGAGUUGAAGGCGGUUAAGGAUGCCCUUGGUGGUGACUUGGAGCGGCCAAGUAAAAGAUCCCGUACUGACGAAGAUGCUCACCUUGCGGACCAAGCCCUGGCACCGGCGGAAGAACAAUCAGAGUCGCAACAGGAGCUUGCCGCAGAGCAAACAGAAGAGCCUAGUACCGUGGAUGCGACAAUGAGCGAGGCGCCAGUUGCUGAAACACCAGCGGCUGAGGAGACCACCAACGGGACUACUGAAGCUGCUCCCGAGGAGACUGAGGAGCCUACCGAGCCUUUGGUUGAAGACGCCGUGGCUGACUCCUCAGAGUCGUGA